AUGCCGGCCGGCCGCGCCGCGCGCACCUGUGCGCUGCUCGCCCUUUGCCUCCUGGGCAGCGCGGCCCAGGAUUUCGGGCCGACGCGCUUCAUCUGCACUUCGGUGCCGGUGGACGCCGACAUGUGCGCCGCGUCCGUGGCCGCCGGCGGCGCCGAGGAGCUCCGGAGCAACGUGCUGCAGCUCCGCGAGACCGUGCUGCAGCAGAAGGAGACCAUCCUGAGCCAGAAGGAGACCAUUCGCGAGCUGACCACCAAGCUGGGCCGCUGCGAGAGCCAGAGCACGCUGGACGCGGGCGCCGGCGAGGCCCGGGCCGGCGGUGGCCGCAAGCAGUCCGGCUCGGGCAAGAACACCAUGGGCGACCUGUCCCGGACGCCGGCCGCCGAGACGCUCAGCCAACUCGGGCAAACUUUGCAGUCGCUCAAAACCCGCCUGGAGAACCUCGAGCAGUACAGCCGGCUCAAUUCCUCCAGCCAGACCAACAGCCUCAAGGAUCUGCUGCAGAGCAAGAUCGAUGACCUGGAGAGGCAGGUGCUGUCUCGGGUGAACACUCUGGAGGAGGGCAAGGGUGGCCCCAAGAACGACUCGGAGGAGAGGGUCAAGAUCGAGAGCGCCCUGACCUCCCUGCACCAGCGGAUCAGCGAGCUGGAGAAAGGUCAGAAGGACAACCGUCCCGGAGACAAGUUCCAGCUCACAUUCCCGCUGCGAACCAACUACAUGUACGCGAAGGUGAAGAAGAGCCUGCCGGAGAUGUACGCCUUCACCGUGUGCAUGUGGCUCAAGUCCAGCGCCGCCCCUGGAGUGGGCACGCCCUUCUCCUAUGCCGUGCCGGGCCAGGCGAACGAGCUGGUUCUCAUCGAGUGGGGCAACAAUCCCAUGGAGAUCCUCAUCAACGACAAGGUGGCCAAGCUGCCCUUUGUGAUCAAUGAUGGCCAGUGGCACCAUAUCUGCAUCACCUGGACUACUCGGGACGGGGUCUGGGAAGCCUACCAGGAUGGCACCCAGGGUGGCAAUGGCGAGAACCUGGCACCCUAUCACCCCAUCAAGCCGCAGGGGGUGCUGGUGCUGGGCCAGGAGCAGGACACCCUGGGUGGCGGGUUCGACGCCACCCAAGCAUUCGUGGGUGAGCUGGCCCACUUCAACAUCUGGGACCGCAAGCUGACUCCCGGGGAGGUGUACAGCCUGGCCACCUGCAGCACCAAGGCCCUUUCUGGCAACGUCAUUGCCUGGGCCGAGUCCCACAUCGAGAUCUACGGGGGAGCCACCAAGUGGACAUUCGAAGCCUGUCGCCAGAUCAACUGA